AUGUUAGGUGCGCAAAACUGGCUACGAUCGGUAAUUACCACAACUGUUCCAUUAAGCAAAAAAACGCUGUAAUAAAACAUUUAACAUUAGCAGAACUGCUAUUUGUUUAUUUUAAUAAUUUAAUGAAAAAUAAAAUUUCAAGUAUAAAAAUAUUUAUAUUUUAUGAUUUUUUUGAUAAAAAAUCAUAAUUCUUCACAAAAUUUUAAAGUUGGAAUUAAUUAGCCUAAGGGAAUUUGAUUAAAAUUGAAAUUUUUUAAAAUUGCCACAAAAGUUCAGGCCCCGAAGGUUCCCGCCCCGAAAGUUCCCUGCCUCAAAAGUUCUUUGCCCCGAAUGUUCCCCGCCCCAAAAAGUCGGCCCCGAAAGUCCUCGCCCCGAAAGUUCCAGCCCCAAAAGUUCAGUAACCCGUUUUUUUUGUAAUAUGAAUUUUAUGAUUUUAGCGAAACAACUAAGUCACGAUGACAUGAAGGCAUUUACAUUUGACUGUAAUUUGGGUGAGAAUGAAGAGGAACCCAAAAAGUAAGAUCUUCAUAAUGAUUACCUACUUUAUAUAGACACUAUACUUAUUUGUUUGAUCAUAGUAAUAAAUGAUUUUCAGAUUUUUAGCUGUGGCUUGUAAGUACGACGUCGUCUACAACUACCACGACCAAAAGCUCCACUUUCUGGAGCCGCACGGUCGAAAAGGAAUGGCAUUAACAGAACUUGUUCCAUCUAAGUUUUUCAGCGAGUGUAGAAGAUUGUCUACAGUGUGGAAUGAAGCGUAGGUUUGAGUAACAGUUUAAGAGUAUAUUAUCUUUAAUUAUAUGCAUAUUUCUAAUAUUAAUGUGUAUAUUACCUUUACUUGUAGGUACGAGUGUACUACGUUUACUUAUAUGAGUAUGUCUAAUAUUAAUGUAUAUUUGUAGGAAUGGAAUGUGGCCUUCUUUCACGUGUCGAAUGCUGGUAACGCGCGAACUUUUUGUACGGUAACAUACAAUGGACAAUAUAUAUAUAUAUUACUUUUUGGUUAAGUAAUAGAGGGGAGGGCUUGGUUGAGAUGUUGAGCUUUGAAUAUCUAUUCUACGCACUUUGUGACCGAAAUUAUUAUUAAGAUUUAUUACAUUUAAUUAUUUCAGGGAAAAUCGAAAGCAGAACUGGAGGCACACUUGCUGGGUAUGUUAAAUUCAGUCAGAGCACUUGCGAUUGAACCAAACGUGCCAGAGAUGUUGUUGUCAUCAGGUGGAAAGGUAAGAAAGUUUAUUUAUGUUGAUAUUAUAUACGUUUUACUUGAAUUACUUAAAUUUUUUAUAAUAGUUUACAAAAAUAGAAUUUAAGUUCAAAAUCAGUUGUUUGAACAGAUCGAUGACACCGGAAGAACAGUUGGAUACGGUAACCAUAGUAAGCAGGCUCUUAUGUUACUUCGCAUAUGACAUGGAAAGCUUUGACCUUACUCAACUCGGUGAGAUACUUAAGAUUUAUUCAAGAUAUACAUUGUUUUGUCAUAGUAGUUACAUUCUAUUCCCACGGUAGAAGGACCAUCUAUAUUAAACCAAAGUCAUUCCAGGAAUCUACAAUUCGGAUCAGCAUCGUUACAGUCUGAUCAAUUCCCGUGCUUCAGAAGCCGUUCACUACACGUGUAACCAAGAACGUUGGAACGCCAAGGAAUGGCUGGAAGGAUGUUCAUGUAGAAUGUCAGCGGCCUUCAAGAACAAACAUCUCCACAAUGUCUGUUGUUGCUCAGUGAUCGCCUUCCACGACUACAUGUUCGCUUACAGCACCGCCAUCUUCAGUGCGCUUCCUAAUUAUUGA